GCGCCGCGGGCGGCGGCGCCGCGGGCGGCGGGCGGGGCGGAAGUGGGUUCGCCUCGCAGAGCCGCCGGCCGGGCCCGGUUCCGGGUGGCGCUUCCUCGGCGGCGGAGGCGGGGGGGAGGGGAGAAGAUGGCGGCGGACUUGGAGGCGGAGGUGCAGGCCAUUGACAAGAGGCUGCUGGAGUGCUCCGCCGAGGAGAUCGCCGUGAAAUGGCUGCAAACAAAUGACCUUCAGAAAGAAGUAUACCAGCAUCUGGCCUAUUAUGUACCAAAAAUUUACUGCAGGGGUCCUAACCCUGCCCCGCAAAGAGAAGACAUGCUGGCACAACAUGUUUUGCUGGGACCAAUGGAAUGGUAUCUUUGUGGUGAAGAUCCUGCAUUUGGUUUUCCAAAGCUUGAGCAAGCAAACAAACCUUCCCAUCUCUGUGGCCGUGUUUUUAAAGUGGGAGAACCUACAUAUUCUUGCAGAGACUGUGCAGUUGACCCAACUUGUGUGUUAUGCAUGGAGUGCUUUCUUGGAAGUAUUCAUAGAGAGCAUCGAUACAGGAUGACGACAUCAGGUGGAGGAGGGUUCUGUGAUUGUGGUGAUACGGAAGCUUGGAAAGAAGGUCCUUACUGUAAAAAGCACGAAAUCAACACUUCAGAGACUGCAGAAGAAGAGGAUCCCCUUGUGCACUUAUCAGAAGAAAUGGUAGCAAGAGCUUAUAAUAUUUUUGCUAUCACAUUUAAAUAUGCAGUAGAUAUACUAACAUGGGAAAAAGAAAAUGAAUUGCCUGGUCUAGAGAUGAUUGAGAAGAGUGACACUUACUACUGCAUGCUUUUUAAUGAUGAAGUCCAUACCUAUGAACAAGUUAUAUAUACUCUUCAGAAAGCUGUCAACUGCACACAGAAAGAAGCUAUUGGCUUUGCAACAACAGUAGAUAGAGAUGGACGUAGAUCUGUUCGAUAUGGAGACUUUCAGUACUGUGAUCAAGCAAAAUCUGUAAUAGUGAGAAACACCAGUCGUCAGACAAAGCCGCUGAAGGUUCAGGUUAUGCAUUCAUCUAUUGUUGCCCACCAGAGCUUUGGUCUGAAGCUCCUGACUUGGCUUGGCAGUAUUAUUGGAUAUUCAGAUGGCCUUCGUCGAAUAUUGUGUCAGGUUGGUUUACAGGAAGGACCAGAUGGUGAAAAUUCUUCUCUUGUGGAUAAGCUGAUGCUGUGUGAUUCUAAACUGUGGAAAGGUGCUAGAAGUGUUUAUCAUCAGUUAUUUAUGAGCAGUCUGCUUAUGGAUUUGAAGUACAAGAAACUUUUUGCCAUCCGCUUUGCAAGAAAUUACCGGCAGUUGCAGAGAGAUUAUAUGGAGGAUGAUCACGAACGGGCAGUAUCGGUGGCUGCUCUGUCUGUCCAACUCUUCACUGUACCUACUCUGAACUAUGAGCGAUUGCAGAGUGAUUUUAUGAAAGAUGACCACGACAGAGAGUUCUCAAUUGCUGACCUCUCGAUACAGAUAUUCACAGUGCCUUCUCUUGCUCGAAUGCUAAUAACAGAAGAAAAUCUCAUGACCACUAUCAUCAAAACUUUUAUGGACCACUUAAGGCACCGUGACAUCCAAGGCAGGUUUCAGUUUGAACGUUACACUGCUCUUCAGGCUUUCAAAUUCAGACGUGUUCAGAGCCUUAUUUUGGAUCUCAAGUAUGUGUUGAUAAGUAAGCCAACUGAGUGGUCAGAUGACUUGAGGCACAAGUUUCUAGAGGGUUUUGAUGCCUUCUUAGAGUUACUCAAAUGUAUGCAGGGCAUGGAUCCAAUAACUCGUCAAGUAGGACAACACAUUGAAAUGGAACCAGAAUGGGAAGCAGCAUUUACAUUGCAGAUGAAAUUAACACUUGUUAUUUCAAUGAUGCAGGACUGGUGUGCUUUGGAUGAAAAAGUAUUAAUUGAAGCUUACAAGAAAUGCCUGACUGUGUUGAUGCAGUGUCACAGUGGUUUUACUGAUGGAGAGCAACCUAUUGUUCUCAGUAUGUGUGGACAUUCAGUUGAGACCAUCAGAUAUUGUGUUUCUCAGGAAAAAGUUAGCAUUCAUCUCCCAGUUUCUCGUUUACUUGCAGGCUUGCAUGUUUUGCUGAGUAAAACCGAAGUGGCAUAUAAAUUUCCUGAGCUGCUACCCCUGAGUGAACUUAGCCCACCUAUGUUGAUAGAACAUCCUCUACGAUGCCUAGUCCUAUGCGCCCAAGUACAUGCAGGGAUGUGGAGAAGAAAUGGAUUCUCUCUUGUUAAUCAGAUUUAUUACUAUCAUAAUGUGAAGUGCAGAAGGGAGAUGUUUGACAAGGACAUAGUCAUGCUUCAGACAGGUGUAUCUAUGAUGGAUCCAAAUCAUUUCCUGAUGAUAAUGCUGAGUCGCUUUGAACUUUAUCAGAUAUUUAGUACUCCAGACUACGGUAAAAGAUUUAGCACAGAAAAUACUAACAAGGAUAUUGUUCAACAAAAUAACACUCUUAUAGAAGAAAUGCUAUACCUCAUUAUAAUGAUUGUUGGAGAACGAUUCAGUCCUGGGAUAGGACAGGUAAAUGCAACAGAUGAAAUCAAGCGAGAGAUCAUCCAUCAGCUGAGCAUCAGGCCCAUGGCUCACAGUGAAUUGGUGAAGGCAUUACCCGAAGAUGAGAACAGAGAGACGGGAAUGGAAAGUGUGAUUGAAGAAGUUGCCUGUUUUAAAAAACCUGGAUUAACAGGCAGAGGGCUGUAUGAACUAAAACCAGAAUGUGCCAAGAACUUCAAUCUGUAUUUCUAUCACUUUUCAAGGGCAGAGCAAUCAAAGGCAGAGGAAGCACAAAGAAAGCUGAAAAAACAGAACAGAGAAGAUACAGCACUUCCACCCCCUGCUCUGCCUCCUUUCUGCCCACUUUUUGCAAGCCUGGUUAAUAUUCUGCAAUCUGAUGUCAUGCUGUGCAUUAUGGGAACUAUACUGCAGUGGGCAGUAGAACACAAUGGCUAUGCCUGGUCAGAGUCCAUGUUGCAAAGGGUUUUGCACUUGCUUGGAAUGGCACUACAAGAAGAAAAACAACAUCUAGAGAAUCUCAGUGAGGAGAAUGUCGUAACAUUUACCUUCACUCAGAAAAUAUCAAGACCAGGAGAGGCACCCAAUAAUUCCCCUAGUAUACUAGCUAUGCUAGAAACACUGCAAAAUGCACCUCAUCUGGAAGUGCACAAGGAUAUGAUCAGAUGGAUAUUGAAGACUUUCAAUGCUAUUAAGAAGCUAAGAGAAAGCUCCUCUACAAGUCCUGUGGCAGAAACAGAAGGAAAUAUUAUGGAGGAGAGUUCACGCGAUAAAGACAAAGCUGAGAGAAAGCGGAAAGCUGAGAUUGCCAGGCUGCGCAGGGAGAAGAUCAUGGCCCAGAUGUCUGAGAUGCAACGGCACUUCAUUAAUGAAAAUAAAGAACUCUUUCAGCAGACGUUGGAGGAGCUAGAUACUUCAGCCUCUGGCGUACAUGAUAAUAGCCCUGUAAUUUCAGAUACAAAACUCACAGCUUUGGGACCAGAGCAAACCAGAGUGGCUGAACACAGACAGGUUGUUAUGUGUAUAUUGUGUCAAGAAGAACAAGAAGUUAAAGUGGACAGCAGGGCUAUGGUCUUGGCAGCAUUUAUUCAAAGAUCAACUGUGUUAUCUAAAAAUAGAAACAAAAUUAUUCCAGACCCUGAAAAAUAUGACCCAUUAUUCAUGCACCCAGAUUUGUCAUGUGGAACACACACGGGUAGCUGCGGACAUAUUAUGCACGCCCAUUGUUGGCAAAGGUAUUUUGACGCUGUCCAAGCGAAAGAGCAACGAAGACAACAAAGAUUACGAGUACACACAAGUUACGAUGUAGAAAAUGGUGAAUUCCUUUGCCCACUUUGUGAAUGUUUAAGCAACACUGUUAUUCCUCUGCUUCCUCCACCAAGAGUUUUAUUUAACAGGUUAGACUUUUCAGGUCAACCAAAUCUAGCUCACUGGAUCAAAACAGUAUGCCAGCAAAUAAAAGCACUAUAUUUACUUAGAGAUGAAGACUGUGCAAGUAAGUCGAAAGAACUGUGUGUAUCUGUCUGUGAAAAUGUUAAAACGUUCCUGAAACAGACCCAAUAUUAUGUUUCUACCACAGUGGACUUCAGAGAUGGUGGCACAAGUGAUGACUCUGGUAGUUCAGAAAAAAUGGAUGAGCUGCAAUUACCUGAAGGAUUUAGACCCGAUUUCCAACCGAAGAAUCCUUAUUCUGAGAGCAUUAAAGAAAUGUUGACAACUUUUGGUACAGCAACAUAUAAAGUGGGUUUGAAGGUUCAUCCAAAUGAAGAAGAUCCACGUGUACCUAUAAUGUGCUGGGGAAGUUGUGCUUAUACAAUACAGACAAUAGAACGGAUUUUAGCUGAUGAAGAUAAACCAUUAUUUGGCCAUUUACCCUGUCGACAGGAUGACUGCCUUACAUCAUUAACAAGAUUUGCGGCGGCUCAUUGGACAGUUUCAUCUCUUUCAGCAGUACAGGGUCACUUUUGUACUCUCUUAGCAUCACUGGUGCCUAAUGAAAAAAAUGGAAAUCUUCCGUGCAUACUUGAUAUUGAUAUGUUUCACUUGUUGGUAAGCUUGGUGCUCUCUUUCCCUGCCAUACAUUGUCAGGAUUUUUCAGGGGUUAGUCUUGGCACUGGAGAUCUUCGCUUGUUUCAUCUUGUCACUAUGGCACACAUAAUACAAAUUUUACUUACCUCAUCAACAGAAGAGAAUGGCAUGGAUCAAGAAAACACUAGCAGUGAAGAAGAAGUAGCUGUGCUUACGCUGUAUAAAUUUCUUUGCCAGUGUACAGGAAGUGCCUUGAAAGAAACUUCCUCGGGCUGGCACCUGUGGAAGAAUCUAAAAGCUGGAAUCAUGCCUUUCCUGAGAUGUUCUGCUUUGUUUUUUCAUUACUUAAAUGGAGUCCCAGCACCCUCAGAAGUUGAAGUAAGUGGAACAAACCAGUUUGAACAUUUAUGUAGCUAUCUUUCCUUGCCAAACAACCUCACUUGCCUUUUUCAAGAAAAUAGUGAAAUUAUGAACACAUUAAUAGAAAGUUGGUGUAGUAACAAUGAAGUAAAAAGAUACCUGGAAGGCAAGAGAUAUGCUAUCAGCUAUGCAAGAGAAUCCAACAAAUUAAUAGACCUUCCGGAUGACUACAGCUGUCUCAUUAAUCAAGCAUCUAAUUUCUCGUGUCCAAAAUCAGGUGGUGAUAAAAGCAGAGCCCCAACAUUGUGCCUUGUGUGUGGGACCAUGCUAUGUUCUCAGAGUUACUGUUGUCAAACUGAAUUAGAAGGAGAAGAUGUUGGAGCCUGUACUGCACAUACAUACACUUGUGGUUCUGGAGUGGGCAUAUUCCUUAGAGUGCGAGAAUGUCAGGUGCUAUUUUUAGCUGGAAAAACGAAGGGCUGCUUUUAUCCUCCUCCUUAUCUUGAUGACUAUGGAGAGACAGACCAGGGACUCAGACGUGGGAAUCCCUUACAUCUGUGCAAAGAGCGAUUUAAAAAGAUUCAAAAACUCUGGCAGCAGCACAGUAUCACAGAGGAGAUUGGACAUGCACAAGAAGCAAAUCAAACACUAGUUGGCAUUGAUUGGCAGCAUUUAUAAUAGUUAUCUGCUGAAGACUGGAACUUUAUUAAGAUUUUUUUGUAACUCAGUAAGCUUUCCAAAGGAGGGAUUAGAGGAAAAAAACAGGUCUGAGAAAAUAAAGCAAACCUGGUCCUUUUAUUUAAUCUUUGUUUUACAAUGUAUUUCAUAAAGAUACCAGUUAACAAUAACCAAGUAAACUUCUUUCUAUGUAAGCGAGUUUUAUUAGUCAUAUAAUUUGCACUGUGCUUCCUUCACAGAAACCUCUUGGGUUAUAAACCUGGGCAAAUGAACUUGAGUUUCUGAUACAAAAGAAUGACUCUUUUUGGAAGUCUGACUAUGAUUUUUUCUUACAAACUACAAGAGAAAGACUGCUGAAACAGAAACUAGAUAGAGCACAAUUAUGGAUUGUGUUUUGCCCUUUGCUAGUAAUCUGAGCCGUUUUAUUUAUUAUUCUGCAUUUUAAUACUUAAGCUGUGUGUACAUGCAAUGGAAUGAAGUAAGGAAGCAAAUAAUGUAGCAAAUGGAUGUAUUUGUCUGCAUCAGUGGGUAAUUCACUCUUACACUUGGUGUAUCUAAAAUGAUUUUGUCAUUUGUACUCUUGCAGCUUUCUUGCUUCCAGUUAUUUUUUCCUUACUAAAAGCCUAACACUAGCUUUAUGAGUAAAUGAAUUUAAUUUAAAGCUUUCUCCAGUGCAUUGCACUCCUUCGAAUUAUGUAGUUUAUAAUUUGAAUUUAGCCGGGAAACCCUUUCACUUUCAAUUAUGUCAUUGGUUAUUGGUAUUAAGGGGUUGACAUUGUGCUUUAGAAGAUAUUUUAAGGUAAUGACAAUGCAUAAAAUGUCAGAUGAAAGCUAAUUUUGUGUUAAUUUGUAGAAGCACAGAGGAUAUUUUCUUCAUUUUUGUUAACAGUCAACUUUUAAGGUGCAAAUCCCAUCUCCUUUUUUUUGCAGACAAACUGGUUUCCUCUGGCUUUAAAGGGCCACGAUCACACUACCCAGAUUUUGGAUCUCUUCACUUUUUCUGUUGUACCGUCAAGUAUAUUUACUUUUUUGCUUGAUUUAAAGCUCUGUAAAGAUGUUUGCAUAUAGUAUAUUUUAUAAAUAUAUUCUAUAACUGCGCAGAUUUGCACUUGAUAUGAGGGUGCCUGGAGGCAGUGAGUUUUCUAGUUGUAUGCAAUUAGACCGCCAAAGUGUCUCUAAAAAGUGACAUCAUGUUUAUUGAGUUAAAAAAUAAAAUAAAAUCCAUUACCUUUAUCUCUCCUACCUUCUGACAAAGUAGUAACAUCUUAAUUUCCGUAGUUCUGUUUCUUUAAUAAUCUGUGAUUCUUUUAGUUAAGUCUUACUUUCUGACUUCAUUUUCAGCCCAGAUGAGCAAUCCCUCUAAUGUCUGCUGUGUCUUCAGUUAUACUUGGUCUGACUGGAUUGUUUGUAUUUUUACACAUUUAAUGCUUCAGGUAAAUUUUGUAUAUUCAUGGUGUACAGGACAAUUUUUCAAACAUUCAGUAACAGUAUUGAGUGAAGAUGUGAAAUAUGAAAUAAAGAAACUUGGCCAAUUUUGAUUCCCCUUUCUUAAAAACAGUAUUAUACAGACUACUUUUGUCUCUACUAAAUGUCAUAGAUGUAAUCAUUUAUAUAUUGCUGUCACUUUUUAUGAAGAGACCUGCAGAAUUUGCAGGAUAAAAAACAGGCACUAAUGCUUCAUCUCUGCCUUUUUCUACUUAAGUUAGAUUGGUAUAUCAACAAUUUACUGUGCAUGGUACUUGAAAAUCCUCUCUCUUGUUGAUAUUACUGCUCCUUUAAACAGAGACUUCUUAAGCUGUAUGCCACAGUUUCAGAUAGUGUAUAAUUGCAUUGAAAAUUUCCAUUUUCCUGUGAGCGUAUUAAAACUGUAAUUGAUUAAUGAUAUUGACAGAUUUUUUUCUGUGCAAAGCAAAAUCUGCAAAGCAAAAUUGGAUGGCAAGAAGACUUUUUCUUUGGGAUCAGAGUCAGAUUGUGAGGUUGAAUAGGUUGAUAAUUAUGACUGCAAAUAAUUGCAAAGUUCACAAUUUAUCAUUUUUGUAAGUUUAGUCAUUCAUUCAGACUUUUAUGAUUUGUUUUGCAUGUGUUAAUUGUAGAAAUGCUUAUAUAUAACAUUUCAGUAUCAGGGAAAUAAUAUCUGUAAUAAAUUGGCUCUAACUUUA